AAUGUCAGAAACUUACAGCAUCAUCAAACCCGUUGGGUUCACCAUUGCUUCAUGUGGUUACUGUGGAAGUGAAAACUCGGCUCAUGUGUAUGGUGCAUUCGCCUACAAGCUGACGUGCAAGGAUUAUCAAGAACUACUAGACCAAGGUUGGAGAAGGUUUGGUCUGUAUCUGUAUAAGCCUAAUCUAAGAGAUAGUUGUUGUCGACAGUACACAAUUCGUGUUAAUACGUCUGAAUUUACUCCUUCCAAGGGUCAGCGACGUGCAGUUGCUAGACUUAAUCGCUACAUCAAGAAUCAAUACGUUCCAUUGAAGAUCUCUCGCGAAAGUGUUGCUCGAGAAGAUGCAAGCUUAAAUGAUGAACACAGCCACAGUCCCAGUCCAGAGCCUACCACUGCUACUACUCCUUCUACUUCUACCCAACGAAGUCCCUCACUCCAUCAUGGUCAUGGUCUUCGCCGGAAAUCAAGCACUCCCCCAAUCAGCGUCAAAGGCAGCAAUGGUGGUGGCCAUGGUGAGCCUGCGGACUUUCUUCAAAGUAUCUAUGCCGCAGAUGUGGAUCGGAUGCGUAAUGCCGGGGAAAUAGAUUGGAAGCGGUUUAAGGUUGUUUUGGAACCUGCGACGUUUACACAAGAAAAGUAUGACCUUUAUUGCCAUUAUCAGCAAGUGAUUCAUCAGGUUCCUUCAUCUAUGCUCUCACGAGAGGCCUUUGACAGCAAUGCGACGCGUACACCUCUUGUGGCCGAGAUCAAAACUCCACAGCACGAUCGUCUCGGAUUGGUUGGUUACGGAACAUUCCAUCAGUGCUACUAUGUUGAUGACAAACUAAUUGCUGUAUCGGUCUUGGACAUAUUACCGCGUUGUGUUUCAUCUGGAUACUUUUACUAUGAUCCAACACUGUCCAGUCUGUCUUUGGGGAAAUACAGUACAUUACGGGAGAUUGCUUUGGUUCAGGAGAUCAAAAUGAUCCCAGGCUUUCAGGACAUGGAGUAUUAUACAAUGGGACACUAUGUGUCGUCAGCACCAAAGACUCAUUAUAAGGCUCUUUACCACCCAUCUUACCUUUUGGACCCUGAGACAUAUGGUUGGGUACCAUUUGAAAAAUGUAUCUAUCUCUUGCAGUCAAAAAGAUAUUUUCCAUUCAGCAAUUCUGAACUUUUUAACCCAAGAGUAAAAGGACUCUUGAUCACAAUGGCUGCAGAGAUGAGGGCUGCAGAGAAAAGAGAGCGUGAAAAAUCAAAGAAUUGUCAAGGGCAACAACAACAACAGCAGCAACAGCAGCAACAGCAACAGCUUUUACCUGAAGUGGAAAUGACAGAGUCGUCCUGUUGUCGUAUGGAGACUGAUGUAUCUGAGGAUGUGCAGAAGCUAGGAAUUCAGGAUGAGUCUAGGACUAAAUCGAGAUCGGAUUUAGGCACAUCCUCGGGUUCAAAUUCAGGAAGCAACGAUGAGGGAGAAGGCAAUUGUAAGCGCAAGAGGCCUUACCAGGAUGGGGGAUCACCUUCUUUAUUAGAAUAUAUGCGUAGUGGUAAACGACUUUCGCUCACACCACCGCCGUCGUCGUCCUCUAUGCCACCUCCAGGAAUGAUGGAUCCUGAUGAUGUCACGGACCAAGAUCUGUCGCAGCUUGUCGUCUUUCAGGGUGACAAGGCGAUGAUACUUACGGAUUCAGAAGUUUUCAAAAAGGAUAAAAAAGCAAUGCGCGAGUAUUAUGCCGCUAUUGGCCCCGCCUUGGCUCCUAAAAUGCUUAUUUUUGUCCAGUAGAUUUUGAUAAUGAGCUUCGAUCUGGACGAAUGGAGACAACAAAUCGACAAGAACAGCAGAACAAGCAUCGAGGAGCUUUCUAAUAGAUUAGGAAAAGCAACAACAACAAUAACAACAAUAACAACAAUAGCAGCAGCAGCUAAACAGCUAACCAUUGAUCCAAGGAUAAUUAUACCCUCUACACAGAUCCCAAGUUCGUAG